UAGAGGACUACAGGCAAGGCUAUCCUCGUCUCGGGGUCUUCUUGAUUCUUCCAAAGACUUCACAUUUCUCAGACGCCUCGACUACGUCCACAUGCGAAACCUUCUAGAGCAGCAAGAUAGGCUUGCUGAGCUCGAAGGUCUAUUAAACCAAUGCGACGACAACGAAGACAUCCAACUCAACCUGAGCAGCCAGCGUAAUGAUUCAAAUCAGUCACGUCGAGCGGUAUUGGAGCGCAUCAAAGUAGCUCUAGUUGAAUACGAUGAACUCGAGCGUCGCCCCUACCACAUCCGUCUUGUUCUUCCUACCGAGAUUGAGUGUGUGGGGAUGCCCCGAUCUGACGUGUAUGGCCUAUUCGCGGUUCAUUUAGAUCGAGCUGUCUUGGACUUUAAUCAAAUGAGAUGUCUCUCGCCCGCAAAACAAAAAGACCAUCAGAGUAUCUGA